ACUCUGAGCCGCCGCCGCCGAACCGCCGAGCAGCCACCUUCCACUGCCUGUUCCCGCGCCCGGGCCGGGGCUAGGCCCCCACCGCCGGGUCCCCGGGGGCUGCAGCAGCGGCGGCGGCGGCGGCGGCGGCGGCAGCAGCUCCGCCCGCGGUUCCCGCCGGGGCCCGGGCGCCGGCCCCGCUCUGCAGGAUGGGCACGGUGCUGUCUCUUUCCCCCGCCUCCUCGGCCAAGGGCCGGAGGCCCGGCGGGCUGCCGGAGGAGAAGAAGAAGGCGCCGCCCGCUGGGGACGAGGCGCUUGGGGGCUACGGGGCGCCGCCAGUGGGCAAGGGCGGCAAAGGCGAGAGCCGACUCAAGCGGCCGUCGGUACUCAUCUCGGCCCUCACCUGGAAGCGCCUGGUAGCCGCAUCUGCCAAAAAGAAGAAAGGCAGCAAGAAGGUGACGCCCAAGCCAGCGUCCACCGGCCCCGACCCACUGGUCCAGCAACGCAACCGCGAGAACCUUCUCCGCAAGGGUCGGGACCCUCCCGACGGCGGCGGCGCAGCCAAGCCCCUGGCGGUGCCUGUGCCCACCGUGCCCACGACCGCUGCCACUUGCGAGCCGCCGUCAGGGGGCAGCGCCGCCGCACCACAGCCUGGUUCGGGCGGAGGGAAGCCGCCGCCGCCGCCGCCCCCAGCCCCGCAGGCAGCGCCGCCGGUACCUGGCGGCUCGCCGCGGAGGGUCAUCGUGCAGGCUUCCACCGGCGAGCUGCUGCGCUGCCUGGGCGACUUCGUGUGCCGACGCUGCUACCGUCUCAAGGAGCUGAGCCCGGGCGAGCUGGUGGGCUGGUUCCGCGGAGUGGACCGCUCGCUGCUGCUGCAGGGCUGGCAAGACCAGGCCUUCAUUACGCCCGCCAACCUGGUGUUCGUGUACCUGCUGUGCCGGGAGUCGCUGCGCGGGGAUGAGCUGGCGUCGGCCGCCGAGCUGCAGGCCGCCUUCCUCACCUGUCUCUACCUCGCCUACUCCUACAUGGGCAACGAGAUCUCCUACCCGCUCAAGCCCUUCCUCGUGGAGCCCGACAAGGAGCGCUUCUGGCAACGCUGCCUGCGCCUCAUCCAGCGGCUCAGCCCGCAGAUGCUGCGGCUCAAUGCCGACCCCCACUUUUUCACGCAGGUCUUCCAAGACCUCAAGAACGAGGGCGAGGCCGCCGCCGGCUCCGGGGGUCCACCCAGCGGGGAGCGCCCGCGGCCCCCUCCUCCUCCUCAGCUGCCAGGGACAGCUGCGCGACUGGAGCCAAGCACUGGACUAUGAACCUGGACCGCUAGGGAAACCCAAGGGCCGCCCCGCUUUCCGCCCCAGCCCCUGACACACACUCGGAGCCCCCCGGGACCAUCAAGCCGCCGCCGCUGUUACAGCCGGUUCUAGCCGUGGCCCGAGAAGGAGCCGCCCCUGCCCCGCAGGGGAAGGUGGAGGCCAGGAUGCCGGAGCCGCGGCGUCUGGAUUUGUUGGGCUCAGGGUGGGGGUAGGGGGUGAGCGCGGGAGGGGACCCCCAACGUAACCCUUUCUAUCUUCGUCCCCAUCUCUUCAAUUCUGCCCAGGUGUCCGCCUCCCCUUCUGUGUGUGACUGUAAGAAAUGGGAUUUGCCCAUUUCUUCAUCUCCUGUAUCUUCACCUUCCCUCUCGCCUUUCCAUCUCCAUCCCUGCCUUUACAGUUUCUGUUCCUUGGGUGUAUUUCCGUCUGGAUCUUACCCCCUACAUGACUAUCUCUCAUUACCCCGUUUGUCUUUCUGCACCUGUGUCACCACCUCCGUUCUCUUUUUCCUCGCUCCUGGUAUUUGUCACCAUUUCCUCUCCUGUCUGCCUUCCCCCCAUCUGCUUGUGUCAGCUUGCAUUUCUUCCCCCGACUGAGCCCCCCUUACUCUUCUCUCCGGACCAAAGGGAACAUUAUUUCUUAAUUUGGAUCGGCUGAGGUGGUGCCGCGAGAAACUGCAGCCCCAGGAGCCCAGACAAACCACCAGGAUGGUCCUUCGCCCCACCCCCACCGCCUCUCCCUACCUUUUCCAACGUGUUGCAUGCCGGGAGUUGGGGGGGAGGGGGAUGCCAGCUUCAGGAGGCUGAGGUUUGGGAAAAAAAAUCAAUCUAGGAGGUCACCCUGGCAGCGGCGGCGGCGCCUCAGUGGAAGGGUGGGAGGAGACAGAAAACUCUUCUUACUCUGAGGGAGGGGCACCCUUCUUCCUUAUCCUUAGAUGUACCCCCCUUUUAAUUUAUUUGGUGGUUUCAGAGGGAGGGGGGAGGGGUGGGGUGGGCCGGGAGCUGUCUGAGGUGCUGAUCUGAGGUCGGACCGGAAUUCUCCCGGGAGGGUACCAGGGACUGGUUUGGACCUGGUGCCAUAUCCAAGGUGCCAAUGUUGAGGGCCGACGGUGCGGGCCGCGUUGUCUGUCUGUCCGUCUGUCCCGGAGAGAACUAUAAAGCGCUGGAAGCGCCUGCAGAUGUUUUUGCGCCGGCCUUUUUUUGGGCCCUGGGAGGGAGGGAGUGGGAGUGGAACUGUCACAGGCAGGGCAGAAGGGCCGCCAUGGACCUAGUGCAGAAGGUCAAGUCCCUAAGGUUUUGCUUCCCCUCCUCUCGCUGGCUUCCAUUUUACAGAGGGUAAAGUGAGGGAGUCAAGGCCUGGUGGUAAAGUUGAAUUCCUGCCUUCCACUGACACCCCCCCCCCCCAAUUUUCAUCUUGUCUGACCUAUCUACUCAUUAAUGCCCAGGCCUUUUAGAGAAUAAGUGAUAUGGACAGCAGAAGUUGUUUCCUUUUACAGAGCGGUUCGUUGAGGUAGCCCCAGCUAGUUAUUGCUGCUUUUCUCUUCCUCCUCCAUCUCUCCCUGCCAUACAUCCUAUCUAGAGUCAGGUCAGGCCUAAGUCUGCCUUCAUUCUCCAGUGGGGCCUGAAAGCCACACUUAGCCCCAUACAAUUUUCCCCACCCAUGGAGCUGCUACAAGGCUGCUUCAGUCACACAUCCACCUGGGGCAGCUUUGGGAGGCCCAUCCCUACUUAAGACUCAGACACUGGUCCUUCAUUCCAGGGAGGCUAGGACACAGGCAGCCUGUGAGACAGGAGCCAUUUUGGGGGGUUGAAAGAAGAAAAGCUAUUUGAGAUUCCUCUUUUGUCACCGUUGCUUUCUUAACCACAUAGCUAAGAGCCCCAUUCACUAUUUCAUUGGUCCAAGGAGGCCUGGCUCCAGUAGAGCACUGAGCCUGGUCGCCACGGAGACCUCGGAGGCUCUGGAGAGAGAACCCAGAGAGGCCUGUAAAGAAAAGGCCCGCGUCCGCUGUCCGUGGUGCUGACGGGCGCGCUGGGACAGGGAGAGGGCUUGAAGGAGCAAGAGGCGUUGCAGACUCGGCCUCAAUUAGGUUUUCCGGGUAAUUUAGGAGUAGGGUGUAAUCCGUUCUGGUGGCGAGUUACAGGAGUCUGGACCCCAAACCCAGAAAUACCGGCUCCUACUUGCUCUCAUAGGAGGACAGACCUCGACUUUCCCCUGCCUGGCCCCAGCGCCCUUUCACCCGGCUUGGAGCCGGAAAUCCCCAGUCCAGAUUUGUGAAUCGAGUUCCCGGGGCGAGGGGGCGGGAGAGGUGGGGAGAGCUGGCGGAAGGGAAGGCGGGAGCAGCCGCCCAUUGGCUGGAAUUUGGCGCAGUCAGCGAGGUGCCGUCAUCUCUCUGGGUUUGGGAGGAGUGAGGGAGGAGCACUUGGGUCACCCGUGGCUGUCGCCAUAGUAACCAGACUGAGCGGGCAGGGCCAUCUUUCCACUCUCCCACCUCUGUCGGGCGGUGGAGGAAAACAAUCCUGGUCCACCUUAUUUGCAACUAGUUAGUGAGACUACUUGAUUGGAAUUUCUGCCUUAGACGAGCCUAACGGGGAUGGGAAAGAGAUCUGAUAGCCUACAGAUAGAUCUGAGACCCCCAAACAUUCUGCCCUUAGGGGCCCGCUAGAUACUGCCCCUGAACUUAUAAACACAGCACCCUUCCAGUUGCUGCACUCACUCGGGUGCACAGCGCCACACCCACCUCAAAGAACCUGUGGUUUGGCACUUGGAGACCUAGAAUGAGAAAAAAAAGCCUCAGUGCAGGGUGUCAAAUUAAAUCUCACUUUCCUUACCAUGCCCCAAGGCAUGAGACACUGCCAUAAUCCGAUUAGGAGGUGAGGGACUGGAGGAGGAUCAGCAUGAAUACAAGGAAGAAUUAGCCGCCUGGGUCAAACUUGGUCAGACUCCUGUUUUUUCAGGGAAGGGGGGGUUAAAUGGAGAAAGGCUCAGAAUAACCUUCUGAGAAGGCAAGAUGAGAGGGGAGUAAAUGCAGAAAUAGAGUGAAGUCCCUUUAUUGCCUAGAAGCGAACCUCUGGGAAGGUGUCCAGGCUGAGGUGGGAGUGAUGAAGAGGACCCAGAGCUCUAGAGUGAACCCAGCACAGGAGAGGGAUGGACUGAGGAAAGAAUGGAGAUGGAGGAUACAGACAGAAACCCAGCUGGAGCCAUGACUCAGCACUUCCCCUCAGCAAAGGGCCUGAGGUGACUCUCCCAUGGGGCAGCAGAGAGGAGAAGGGAGCAGGAAAGCAGAUGGGCAAGUAAAUAGUGAUCUGACCAUUUGCAUGAUACAUGCUGAAACAUCUAUUGAUAUACGACACAUUUUAACCUAGAAGCAGGUACAUAUGCACUUAUAGUGAUGAAAUUUCAUUCAGUUAUAACACAGACACAUCUCUACUCACCUUCCUUGCCCCUCUUCCUGGAGCAGAGGACAUCCUGUCCUGAGAGAUAUGCUUGCCUGUCCCUGGAAUACCCUGGCACUUAUUAGGAAAGGAGAAGUAAAAAAAAAUUUGCAGACAUGUGGAGGGGUGUGUGUGUAUGUGUGUGUGUAUGUGAGAGAGAGAUGGUUGUCAAGGUAACUGCUUUGCCUGCCAAGCAGGGUGCCCAGCAACCAGAGCAUCUGGCAGUAUCCAAGGGGACAUCCUGUGGCCUCUACCCACUGAGACUCUGCCUCAGGCACCCAGAUGGGCAUCUCUGGAAGAUUUCUACAACAGAGGCUGCCAAAGCAGCCCCUCUGAGCAUGCCACCAUGACCAGGGACAUCUGGCAACCAAGGAGAGGCCUGACCUUCAUGUGCCCCACUUAAGUGCUCCUUUUCACCCUCUUAUACAUUGUAAGCAAUAUUUGCCACAAAUGCCCUCAAGACAGCCAGGGUUAAACUUUAAAGACCUUUAUUAAGACCAUGACCUUUCCUCUCAGCACCUUGCCAGACAUCCAACAAGAAGGUCAUCUAUAACCACACAGGUUAGGUGUGUAAAUGACGGAUAGAAAAAUUGCUUUAGUUCUGUGUGAUGAAAGAUUGGGUAUAAGACAGAUAAACUGCAGGGCACAGUCUCAGGAUUCACCUUCCUUUGACCUGAGUUUGAUAUAUUGAUGAGGUUUUUAGAAGAUAGAUCUUUUUCACUUGCAGGCUCGCUGGCUGACUUUUCACUCCUCAGCCCCGACUUCCUAUUUUUUCAGCAUUCAGGCUUAACCUCUCAAUGUCUGGCUUAAAAUUCUCCCAGUUCAGUUUGGGCUUUCACGGCAUUUCUUUCUCCUUAGAUCCUCCUCACUAUUUCUUUAGCGAAGUCUCUUUCUACUUGGUGAUAUUGCCCACAGUAGUUACUCAGUUUUUACAUGUCCCCCCCAACCUCCGCCUUUUUUUUUUUUACUCUUUGGUCAUAGUCUCCUGUGACUGACAUCUAUCUACCUUCAAGCCCAUAAAUCAUAAAAUUAGUCUGUGUGUGUGUGUGUAUAUAUAUAUGGAGGGGUGAUGAUAAACA